UUGCUUCAUCAUCUACCUGUAGACUAGACUCAGUCGCCCGUGGUUGUUCGGAAUUACCCCCUCACCUGGACUUACUGCCGGACAUCCUUACUUAGCCUACCUGGGGGAGAAACGGAGGCUGAAGAAGCUUUGUCAGCCAACUUCAUCAUGCGUAGAGAGCGUACCAUCCCUAGGAGGCCUUGCUCUCAGACGUAUAAAGAGGAGAUCCAGAGCUCAUCGCUGUUCACAAGUCCUCGUCACACAACCCCAACACGCUUCACUCAGUUGACACCAUGUCCGAUGAGCCACAAUCCGUCACUGCUGAGGUAUUUUAUUUCACGCCCCCAGAGGACGGCUCGAAGCCGUACACCGACCUCAAUGCGGACCCCCGCAACAACUGGAACCCCGAGCCGCACUCUGUCGAGGUCGAGAACCUCCGCAGCAAGGAAGGCUCGGUGACGCUCGACACAGCGGGCUUCCAGUGCGGCCGCGGAGCCGCCGCACACAAGACAUUCACGAGCGACGCUGAGAUCAAGGCGGAGUAUUACCCCGAGAGCAUCGAGCUCAUGAAGAAGAUCACCGGUGCGAGCCGUGCCGUUGUCUUCGAUCACAGGAUCCGGCGCCGCCGCCCAGGCGAGACUGGGCCCACUACGCCGGAAGCGUUAGCCUGUCCCGCAGGUGCACGUCGACCAGACGAAGGCCUCCGCCAUGGCGCGCGUGCACCGACACCUCCCGCCGGCGGAGGCCCCCGCGUUCCUCCAGCGCCGGUUACAGAUCAUCAACCUCUGGCGGCCCAUCUCCACCCGGCGUACGACUGGCUGCUCGCGCUAUGCGACUACCAGAGCGUGGACCGCAAGACGGACCUUGUGCCCACGGACCUGAUCACCGUGGACAGGAAGGGCGAGACGGACAGUGUGAGGUUCAACCCGAGCCACCAGUGGAAGUAUCUGCGGGGCCUGACGCCGGAGGAGUUCAUCUUGAUCAAAUGCUUUGACUCGAAGACGGAGGACAAUACCGCGACCAUGACACCCCACACUGCGUUUCAUGAUCCGAGCACGCCCAAGGACGCCCUGCCCAGGAAGUCGAUCGAGCUCCGUAUGCUCGUGUUCUAUGACUAGCCUGGUUGGUUGGGCAUAUGAAGGCUCUGUUGUAUUAAUACAUGUA